AUGGCCUUCCGCAGCGGAGGAAGCUGGGGUCAGCUCCCAUCACAGAGUGCAGCCCCGACGGUGAGGGCUGAGCCGGCCUUUGAGGUUGACCUGCUGGAACUGAUGUUGCUGCAGAACGCGCAGAUGCACCAGCUGCUGCUGAGUCGCCUGGUGGCAGCAGCGCUCCACCCAGGGCCGGCUCCGCCCCACCCCCACCCGCAGGUCUACCUGGAGGGUCAACAAGAGGAAUAUGAGGAGGAGGAGGAGAAGGAAGUCCAGGAGGAAGGGCCUUUGGUGUUCCACCACCACUACCUCCCCUGCCCGAUGCCCAGUCUGGGUCCCCUGCUACCCUGGCCAGUCCCUUUUCUUUCCCCGCCCCCACAUCAGCCUUACUUGCAGGACACGUCCAGGAUUCAGCACCACCCUCCUGCCUCUGGGAGAAGGGGGAGAGCCAUCCCCCCGCCCCCACCCCCCAGUGCCACAGGGACUGUGGGUGCGGAUGUACCGCCGGCUUCAGACUACUAUGAUGCUGAGAGCCUGCCAUGA